UACAAAAUAUGUUUUGCUGCUUAACGCCGCAUUUGUUACAUAAAACAUACUUUUAGCAUAGACUCAUUCAACAUGCUGAUCAACCAGAUGAUUCGCACCUUCUCAACAACCACACAUCUUGGUUCCCUCGCCCGAUGGUACCAAAAGCUGUGGCGUUCCAAGGUUCCGACUAACGGUCCUCCGUACGCCCACGUAACCCAGGUCGGUGAUCCGGUUCUACGCCAGAAGGCCCAGCUCGUCCCACCGGAAGCGGUCACCUCGCCGGAGGUGCGCUUUCUCGUCCAGGCCAUGAUCGACGUGAUGCGAAAGUACAGCUGCGUUGGACUGGCCGCGCCACAAAUUGGCAUUUCGCUGCGGAUUCUGGUGAUGGAGUUCAAGGAUAAACUCCGGGAUGAGUACACUUCUGCGGAGUACAAAAUCAAGGAAAUGGACACGUUGCCACUGACGGUUUUGAUCAAUCCGGAACUUAAAGUGACCAACUAUGAGAAGAAGAGCUUCACAGAAGCCUGUGCCAGUGUAAAGGGCUUCAGUGCAGAAGUGCCACGGUAUUCGGAGGUGCUCCUCAGUGGACUUGAUGAGAACGGAAAACGUAAAGAGUUGACACUAAAGGGUUGGAAUGCGCGGAUAGCUCAGCACGAAAUGGACCAUCUGGAUGGGGUCAUCUAUACGGAUGUUAUGGACCGGAAGACGUUUUCAUGUUCCUGCUGGCAAGCUGUGAAUGCAAACUAUGGACGGGUGCAGAUUGCGUUUCAUAAAAAGUAGAUGCUUAUUUUGAUAGUUUGCAAUAAAAUGUUGUACUUUGAUAA